AUGAAUCAUGAUCAUCAUAGAAGAAUUAUUAGACAGCACUCUUUCAAUAACAUCAUUCCUCAACCAUUUCCUACAACCUUGGGCUCCACUACCACCACACUUCCCCCUGUAUCCAAUCCAUAUCUUAAUGCUGCUGCCGCUGCUGCCGCUGCUGCUUCAGCAACGGUAUCUUCAGCUCAAGGCACUGUAUAUCCUGAAAUAUCAACCCAUAUAUUGCAUUCUACCUCACCAGAUGAAUUACGAGAAAGUCUAUUACAGUUUGCCCAUAAUCUGUAUUCAACUGCACCCCAAAACCCUUAUCUGCUACCUCUACUUCAUUCAUUACACGAUGCAUUUCCAAACCACCUGCCUACCAUUCUGCUAUUGGCUUGCGUUUACUAUUCUUAUCAGGAUUAUGCAUCGUCACUUCGAUUUAAUCAACUCAUCUUGAAACAUGAUGCAAACUAUGUAGAGGCAAUGAGCAACAUUGGUACAACACUUAGAACAAUGGGCAAAGCAGCUGAGGCAGAAAGAUGGUGGUACCAAGCCGUUAAACUACGACCCGGAUACUGGGAUGCAGUAGAAAAUCUUGUAGGCGUGUUGUGCGCCAAAGUGGACGAUCGAGCUGAAGGAGAUAAUCCUCGAUACAAAGAAGCAUUGACCGUAUGUGAAUUUGUGGAAAAAUACUUUUACAGCACAAGUCCAACAGAGCCUCUGAAGAUACCAAAACAGCUUCCUCCUCAUCAAUUACCUCGAUUGCAAAAUUUGUUUUAUGCAAAGGGAAACUUAAAGUAUGCCUUAGGUGAUAUCCAGGGGGCCCAGCGGGAAUAUGAAAAAGGUCUAGAGCUUGCCUUUAACGGUGUAGGCUAUUCAAGCCUUUGCAAACUGAUCGCAUUCACCUGUUCAGGAGGCAUGCUUCCUGCCUCUUCUACUGCGAAUGCUGUGCCACUCGUUUUACUACAACCGGAUCAAGCUGCCCGUAUCUUGCACAUGAUCUUUCCUACAUACAAUGGCAUGUUGCCUAGUUUGACAAACAUCAAUUACUCUGCAAACUCGAAACCAGGCGCCGGUAGCAUUCCAGGUACAGACAUUACUUCCGCUAUUCAACAAACAAAUCAGACGACUGCAACUAUUCUCUUGACCUUGGCCAAGUUAUUCCAGGAUAUGAUGAAUCCCACAACUCCAGUUUUGAUAGCUGCUGCUGCUGCUGCUCCAUCUCCCGGUUGCACUGCGCCUACACUACCAACCCUACUUCCUCUUUAUUAUCUGAGCUUGGCUCUCAACCCAAGUCCUUCAACAGCCAAUAAUUUGGGAAUCAUUCUGAGCAACAUCCCUGGUGCUAUUGCGGCAUCUGCUAUUAAACCUGCUGCGUCUUCAACCACACCGCUGACCGGCACUAUGUUGGCCAUGCAGUACUAUAUGUACGGCCUUCAAUUAGAUCCACGUCACCCUCACCUCUACACCAACCUAGGCUCACUGCUAAAGGACAUGGGUCACCUGAAUGAAGCAGUAGCAAUGUAUGAAAAGGCUGUCGAGUACAAUCCACGAUUUGACGUUGCUCUUGCGAAUCUCGGUAAUGCUAUUAAAGAUAUGGGACGUGUUCAAGACUCGGUUCAAUGGUAUCGCCGUGCAGUGGAGGUGAAUCCUAACUUUGUGGACGCCAUCUGUGGUCUGGCCAAUUCAUUGAACGCUGUCUGCGAUUGGCGUGGUCGUGGUACGUCAGGAGAGGAGCCUGGUGUUGAUCAAGUUGGACAUUAUUUUGUUCCUUCAGGAAGCAAUGCCCGCUCUGGAUGGAUUGGACGUGUGGUAGACAUUGUGGAAAAGCAACUGGACGAAGGGGCCAUCUGGGGCGCUGGUAUUUUAAAGUUAACAGUUGAAGCAGAUACAAAAAAGACACUGGGCGAACACUUGGUAGAACUGCUAUUGAUCGCUACAGGAAAGCACUUACUGGACGCAAGUAAACUUGAGCAAAUAACCAAACUCUGGAGAUCUCGUCUACUCUAUUAUGCAGAUCAAAGCAGCACUAGCAAGCGAGACGAGGGUGGAUGGUUAAUCCGGUUGGUUGAACGAAUCCUUAGAAGAUUACAACGCAAUUGGUAUAUUGAGACAUAUGGUCAUACUGUUAAGCAGUUGGCACAAAAGUACGCUCGGCCGAUGCUUCCUUCCAGCUUGCCGCCUCCCCCAGUUCCUACUGUCUUACCGUUUCAUACAUUUACUUAUCCAUUAAACGCUCGUCAAAUCAGACUCAUCUCGCAUCGAAACGCAUUACGUGUUUCUCAUAUAGCAUUAACCUCAUCCUGGGUCCCUGCUCAUGUCUACCCGCCGCCUCCUCCGCCAUCACCACGUCUCAAGCUAGGCUAUGUAUCAUCCGACUUCAAUAAUCACCCUCUCUCACACCUCAUGCAAUCCGUGUUUGGUUUUCAUGACCGAAGCAAGUACCAAGUAUUUUGCUAUGCAACGACACCCAGCGACAACUCACCUUAUCGACAAAAGAUCGAACGUGAAUCUGAAAGCUUUUUGGAUGUGUCGACUUGGACGAACGAGCAAGUGAUUCAAAAGAUUAUUGCAGAUGGUAUACAUGUCCUGAUCAACCUGAAUGGAUACACAAAGGGAGCUCGUAACGAAAUAUUUGCGGCACGCCCCUGUCCGGUUCAAUGUUCAUUCAUGGGGUUUGCUGGUACAUUAGGUGGAGGAUGGUGUGAUUGGAUCAUUGCUGACCCUAUUGUCUGUCCACCGGAGAUGGUAAGCGGCGAAGUAUGGCGUCGAAGGAAAAAACAUGCGGCGUCAGAGGCCACACCUAAUGGCGAUUUUGAAGGCGACGUUGAUCCUGAAGAAGACACAAAUGACUUUGUAUAUACAGAAAAGUUUAUCUACAUGCCUCAUUCCUACUUUGUCAAUGACCACAAGCAGGGUUUUCGAGACGAUCAGCACCAGGAAACAGAAACCUAUAAAGACAAGGAAAUCUUAUGGGCAGCUGAAGAAGAUAAGAGGUGGAAGAUGCGCCAUGAAGUCUUUCCAAACCUUCCAGACGACGUUGUUAUUUUUGCAAACUUUAAUCAGCUUUACAAAUUAGAGCCAAGCACGUUCAGGCUAUGGCUCCGGAUCUUGGAAAGAGUACCGAAUUCGAUUCUUUGGUUACUUAGGUUUCCGCCUGCUGGAGAACACCAUCUGCGAAAUUGGGCAGUCGAAUGGGGAGGACCACAAGUCGCCCAACGUGUGAUAUUUACGGAUGUAGCACCUAAGCAUAUCCAUAUCCAUCGUGGACGUGUUGCUGACAUAUUUUUAGAUACGCCUGAGUGUAAUGCACACACCACAGCAGCCGAUAUCCUGUGGUCUGGCACGCCUAUAGUAACAUACCCAAAGUAUCCUCACAAAAUGUGCUCUCGUGUAGGGGCGAGUAUUGCGAUGGCCACUGGUUAUGGAGAAGAGAUGAUUGUUACGGACGAGCAGCAGUACGAAGCUAAAGCUGUAGAACUAGCAUCAAGUCUCACCUACACUUACACACCAGCACCUGGUUCCAAUAUCAUUCAACGACGUGGCCAUGGCAAACUAAUGGAUUUACGAAAACGGCUAUUCUUGACUAGAGAGCAUUCUCGCCUCUUUGACACUUUACGCUGGACACAAAAUUUGGAAAAAGGCUACGAUGAAGCUUGGAGGCGUUGGGUGACUGCAGAAGAAUUUGAAGAUAUCUCUGUAAAGACGUCUUCCUCUGGCUGUAUUUGGAUUACGGAUCCAGAUGAUUCUAAUGGUACACAUACAUAG